AUGGGAAAAGUGAGUGACAAAAACUUAACCUUCUGUGUUGAGCGGCAUUCAUGGAUGAGGCAAAUUUUAAGCGAGGAGAUUUAUUCUUAUUUUUUAAAUCUAAUUUUUCUUAAUAAAUUUCAGGUAUUUAAUAAUGAACAACAGAAAGCAAAUUUUUCGGAUCUUUUUUUGCAAAUUGAAUCGGAUGCACAUUUUGAUUUUUUACGUAGUUUUCGACGUGUUCGAGUUAUUUUUAAAACACCAGAAAGUGCCACUGCUGCAAAGUUAUUGACACAACAUUUAUCAUUUAAUGGAACAAUUCUUAAGUCAUUUUUUGCGCAAAGAAUUCAAUUACAUAAUCCAAUUGAUGAUGGUUUAUUGAAGCUACCGCCAAUAGAAAAACAAUUUUUGAUUUCGCCACCAGCUUCUCCGCCUAUUGGCUGGGAACAAUGUCGUGAAAUGGCCCCCGUUGUAUGUGAUUUCGAUUUAAUGGCCCGUUUAGCAGCAUUUUCUAUGGAAGAUACUUACGAGGUGAAUGAUAAACCAAAAAUUAUAAUCCAUCCAGCAGAUAAUAGCGAGGAAAUUCCUGUUGCUCAAACAUCUUUACCGAAAACUCCGCGCCCUCCUGCAAAUUUCACUGUUCUUCCAUCUCCUAAUUCCUGA